AUGGGACUAACAAGUGAUCCACAUUUCCAGAAACUUGAACAAUGGUACAAAUCCAAAGCUGGGAACCUCAAUAUGAGGGAUAUGUUUGAUGGUGACAAGGAUAGAUUCCGCAAAUUUAGGUAAGUGAGCUUUCGAUUGUUAUGGCCAAUAUAGCUACUGAACAGAAGUUUGGCACGAUAUCUUCGUGAUUGUAUCAAUACGGGUCAUAAUUUGAUAAUGAGCUACGUCAAUAGAGGCAAUGAAUGGGAGUGGGAUGCAUUUUUUUUGCACACCUUUGGUACCAAUCCAAUGUGAUUGCAUAACUAUACCCUAGGAAGGUUAAGCAAGAAUGGUCAUUUAGAUUUUAGCUAUCUGUGCAGUAUCUAAGGCUAACUAUACGCAAGCUCUUCAGACUUGUAUGAGUGUACAAGGUCAACGUUUAUUAUCGAUUGCUUUUCCAGUCUUAACAUGCUGUGUGAAAUGUGCGACGUGUCACGUUCCAUUUCGAAAUCGGUCGAUCUAUUCAUUAUUCAUUCGCUGUAUACCCAGUUACGUAAUUGUAGCUACCUAUUGUCAUCAAACUGUCAAAUCGCUUAGCUUAACUAGGAGGGCCCUAUUACUCUAUUUAGCUGGGUUAGCUUGCUAGCUAGCUACUGCUGUAUGCUCGCUUCCCUUCAUUCAGCAGCUAACGUUUGCUUGACAGCUGGGUCAUUCCUACAAUGCGGUGCCUUUCCUUUCCCGGGAAAUAUAAUUUAUUUAGUCUAAAAUGUGUAUACAAAAAGGCUUUAAAUGCAAAGUUUGAGUUUAUUUAAUUUGUACAGGGACAGUGCACAUUAAUCAACGUUUUCAGUAAAGGACCGGUUUUAGCCAGCCAGCUAAUUUUCAACCGCAGUCCCCUGGGCAGGUUAUUAAAAACAAUUACAAUAACAAUACAGACAAACAAUGAGCAGUGAGCACAUGCAGAGCAACAUAUGACAAGCAACACGCAGACAGAGCAAUAGCACAAAAAGCAACAAAACACAUAAAGGCAACAAAGUGUUUACACACCUCACAAGCUACAUUUAUGAGAAUAAUACAUGCAUUUGCUUACCUUAUCAAUCUUGAAGACGAUACACUAAUUUGUCCCUCAAAAAAAGUGUUAUGAGUGAGUGCACAACAAACAUAUUUCCAGGGUGUUGAUGCAUUCUCCUCCCAAUACAGCCUCUUCCAACACAACGGGUAGGGGAAGAGGCUAACAUGCUACUGAACCGUGACACUAGCAUAUUGACAUGCAUAUUGGUAUUAAAAGACAGCAACGUAUUCUCCUACAAAUAUAAGUGUUUGGGCAUAUCAUUAGUUAGCUAGCUACCUAUGACAUGAAUUGUGCAAAAAUAUGAUAGCUGGCUAAGCGCUAGCCAGUCAGUGGCGCUGACAGAUUGAAACUGGUAUCAACAAAAUGUGUUUCACUCUAUCCCAUAAAACAUGACAUUGCUAAAUAGGCAUCAUUUAGCUAAUAAAAUGAUAAUGUUUAUUAGGAAGUUUGGUAGGUAGCUAGCUAGAUUGCUUGGUUUCCAUUUUCCAACAGAUUUUUCUAAUUCCUCCUGAUUGGUCAUCAAUGGUUACUGGCCUUGGAACUCAUGUGUUCACCAGAAUAUGCUUCUGGUCAACUGUUUGCCACUAGUGGCAAUACAUGUUGCAGCCACAGGUUUGCCACAGAUUCAAAUAGAAUCUUGAGAGAAUUGUCUGCCGGAAAUAAACCUCUGGCAAACUGUUUGCCACUAGUGGCAAUAAAUAUUAUUGUUGCCAAAGUUUUGCUGCAGAUUCACCACUAGUGGCAAACAUUUGCAAAUUUCUGGCAACAUUUUGUGGCACACUAUUUAGUUUGCAGCAAAUUUGCCACAAACUUGCGGGACGUUUGCCGCAACAAAUUCAUUUUUGUAAGGGAUAUACUUUUCCCCAAAAAGUUAUAAGGUCCAAAAUGCACUAGAUUGUACAGCUAUGUGCAGUUUGGCACAGCCUACCGGUAGGCAUUUGAAGUCUAGCCAACGGGCUCGAGGGACCUAAACCCAGGCCAGUCUAGACUUUAGGUACUUCUGAGAUUAUUGAAACAAUGUAACCAUCAUGAUUGCUGUCACGUUCUAAAGCAGUCUGCAGUAGCACACUGUGAAGCAACCACUAUGCCCCUACAAUAAAAAUCUGCAGGCUGCAGCAUCUUCCAUAAUAAUACAUUGUGUCCCAUAUCUCUACAAACUUGGAUACACUGUAGCACAGUAAUCCAGAAUUUUGUUACAGUUUAGAAUUAGAUGUUUUGACACAGUAAAUUCCAACAAUUUACUCUUAUCACUCACUGUACAUUGGAAUUAUCAGGAAUUUGUUAGAAACCCUAUUUGAUCAUUCUAGAUUCUUCUAAAUGUUUUCUGUUAUAUCUCUCCUUGGUAGCACAACCCUUGAGACAGAUGAUGGAGACAUCCUGCUUGAUUACUCCAAGAAUCUUGUCAAUGAGGAAGUCAUGAGAAUGCUGCUGGCUAUGGUAAAACAGAUCAUUGUUAUGUCUUCCCAUAACCAUAACAGUACUUUACAACAGUGGUUGUGAGAAGAGACUACCAUAACAGUAGAUGUUUGCACUCUGUUUUGACCCAAUGGGAAUGACCCACUGACCUCAUGGUCCUAUACACAGGCCUAUAUGUACGUAUCAAACAUACACACAGCCAACAUGGCUUUAGCUGUCAACCCUCAUCAACCUUAAGUCUCUUCUCUCAUAGUAAAAGUACAGUAUAUUUAAAGUCCUACCUCUGCACGUCAACUGAUUAUUGCUGUGCCAUCUAUCAGAUGUGGAUUGGCUGUGAGAUAUUGUACGUCGACAAUGCAUCUAGUAGUAUUUGAUACUUCAAAUUGUCUCUUCAUAUAAAUACAGUCACAUCAACAAUUCCAGUCCAUUCCACAACAAUAGAACCCCUGAGAGUACAUUUACAUUUACAUUUUAGUCAUUUAGCAGACGCUCUUAUCCAGAGCGACUUACAGUUAGUGAGUGCAUACAUUUUUCAUACACCGGCAUUGACAAUACAUUUGACAGAAAUAUAAAAUUGGAAUUGGGCCAGAGCACCUAUCUCUCUGCAUUCAUCCAUAUUAACAUGCUAGACUAGUACCCUGGGAAUGUGGUAAAACAGAUAUUAAAUACAGACCAUCACUUCCUCCUAAAGAUAGAAAGAUUGCUAAAAUCAAGGCAUUUCUAGUCCGACUGGUAUGUGUUGUCACAAAUGCUACUUAUGAUGUAAUGACCUGUUUGUGGGUGUUAGUAAGUUAAUUAAAUCUUCAUAUCUCUCUCAUGCAGGCUAAGUCCAGGGGAGUGGAGGAAGCAAGAGACAAGAUGUUCUCUGGAGAGAAGAUCAACUUCACUGAGGUACCAGGACUAACUGCGCUCGCUAUUUUAUGGCACUUUGUGUCUGAGGGGUUGCUGCAAGUUACAGAAGCACAAUAUCUGACAGAACACCUAGCUUUCUCACACUGGCAGAUGUAGAGAAUUUAGUGAAGAGCGAAUGCUGAUAACACUAUGCCAAAGCCUGUUACAUUAUGUCUGUUUACUCUACUAAUGAUCUGAGAGUAUACUAUGACGAAAUACAUUCUCACAAUAGGUCUUCCUCUCUAAACAGUUGGCAGUUGUUGCACACUUUGUGGUCACUGUUGCAAAGUCAUUCAGGGAAAUCCUGGAACUCCUCCCCCUCUCCACACACCAUUCAUGAUGCAAUGGUAUUGUGCAAUCAACUUCCGCAAUGAUGCUGCAGAAUGUAUACACAUGGGUAUUAACUAUGUAUUUACAUUCAAAGAAUAGUAUUACAAUUUUGGUAUCAUUAUUUGAAUGGUAUUGAGAAGAUGUUAUGCAAUAGCCUAUUCCUUACUGGCAUGGACAUAUCAAUAAGAACACAUGGUUAAAAUGGGAUUAAUCAUAUAACACAUUCAUGUAAAUGUUUAAAUAUUAAAUAUGUGUUAAAGUUUUUACCCUUCCCCCAACUGUGUGUAUGUGCGUGUGUGUGUGUGUAGGGCCGUGCUGUCCUCCACAUUGCCCUGCGUAACCGCUCUAACACUCCUAUCAGCGUAGAUGGCAAGGACGUCAUGCCAGAGGUCAACAGGGUCCUGGACAAGAUGAAGGCCUUCUGUCAUGUAAGUGCUGGAGUCCAGUUUCAAUGGACACCACAGGAUAUCUGCCAGGGCAUAUAUAGAGAUUAAACAAUAUGUUCUAUCUCUAUGCAUUUAAAUGCAUGUUUUAUUGGGUGGUCUUAGGCUAGAUUCAAUAAAUGGAUCAAAACUUGCAUCAACAUUUGUUGCGUAAAUUAAUUUCUCAUUCAUAAAAUGUCUUGUAGUCAUUCUUGUUAAAAUGAGAUAUACGCCUAGCUGCCAUGUGCCUCUGUUUUGUGUUGCAGAAAGUGCGCAGCGGCGAGUGGAAGGGCUUCAGUGGAAAGGCCAUCACUGAUGUUGUCAACAUUGGAAUCGGUGGGUCUGACCUGGUAAGUGUGUGACUGACUGGCCAAACAACUUUUCUUUUUUUACUGUCCUAUUGCAGAGGUGUCAAACUCAUUUUGUCCUGCGGGCUGUAUUUGGUCUUCACCGAGGUCCGGAGAGCCGCACUUAAAAUAGAUUAUAUUUUCUCGCCGUCAAAAUGUGCAAAUAAAUAAUCUUCUAGUGUUGGCUGUAUUGGGCUAAACUUUAUUUUAGUUUUACUUUUUGCCCAAUUUUGUGAUAUCCAAUUGGUAGUUACAGUCCCAUCGCUGCAACUCCAGUACAGACUCGGGAGCCAUGCGUCCUCUGAAAACACGACCCUGCCAAGCCGCACUGCUUCUUGACAUACUGCUCACUUAACCCGGAAGCCAGCCACACCAAUGUUUCAGCAUAAACACCUGUGUAGCUGGCGACUGAAGUCAGUGUGCAUGCGCCCUGCCCCCUACAAGUAGUCGUUAGAGCGCAAUGGGACAUGGAAAUCCCGUCACAUAAUAAGUUGCAUGGACUCACAGUAUUUUUGAAUGACUACCUCAUCUCUGUACCCCACACAUACAAUUAUCUGUAAGGUCCCUCAGUCAAGCAGUGAAUUUCAAACACAGAUUCAACCACAAAGACCAGGGAGGUUUUCCAACACCUCGCAAAGAAGGGCACCUAUUGGUAGAUUGGUAAAAAUAAGAAAGAGCAGACAUUGAAUAUCCCUUUUGAUUAAUUACACUUUGGAUGGCGUAUCAAUGCACCCAGUCACUACAAAGAUACAGGUGUCCUUCCUAACUCAGUUGCCGGAGAGGAAGGAAACCGUUCAGGGGUUUCACCAUGAGGCCAAUGGUGACUUUAAAACAGUUACAGAGUUUAAUGACUGUGAUGGAAGAAAACUGAGGAUGGAUCAACAACAUUGUAGUUUACUCCACAAUACUAACCUAAUUGACAGAGUGAAAAUAAGGAAGCCUGUUCAGAAUACAAAUAUUCCAAAACAUGCAUCCUGUUUGCAACAAGGAACUAAAGUAAUACUGCAAAAAAUGUGGCAAAGCAAUUAACCUUUUGUCCUGUAUACAAAGUGUUAUACAUUUACAUUUACAUUUUAGUCAUUUAGCAGACGCUCUUAUCCAGAGCGACUUACAGGAGCAAUUAGGGUUAAGUGCCUUGCUCAAGGGCACAUUUACGUCAUUUAGCAGACGCUCUUAUCCAGAGCGACUACAAAUUGGUGCAUUCACCCUAUAGCCAGUGGGAUAACCACUUUACAAUUAUAUUUUUUAUUUUAUUUUUUAUUUUUUUUAUUUUUUUUGGGGGGGGGGGGGGUUAGAAGGAUUACUUUAUCCUAUCCCAGGUGUUCCUUAAAGAGGUGGGGUUUCAAAUGUCUCCGGAAGGUGGUGAGUGACUCCGCUGUCCUGGCGUCGUGAGGGAGCUUGUUCCACCAUUGGGGUGCCAGAGCAGCGAACAGUUUUGACUGGGCUGAGCGGGAACUAUGCUUCCGCAGAGGAAGGGGAGCCAGCAGGCCAGAGGUGGAUGAACGCAAUGCCCUCGUUUGGGUGUAGGGACUGAUCAGAGCCUGAAGGUACGGAGGUGCCGUUCCCCUCACUGCUCCAUAGGCAAGCACCAUGGUCUUGUAACGGAUGCGAGCUUCAACUGGAAGCCAGUGGAGUGUGCGGAGGAGGGGGGGUGACGUGAGAGAACUUGGGAAGGUUGAACACCAGACGGGCUGCGGCAUUCUGGAUGAGUUGUAGGGGUUUAAUGGCACAGGCAGGGAGCCCAGCCAACAGCGAGUUGCAGUAAUCCAGACGGGAGAUGACAAGUGCCUGGAUUAGGACCUGUGCCGCUUCCUGUGUAAGGCAGGGUCGUACUCUCCGAAUGUUGUAGAGCAUGAACCUGCAGGAUCGGGUCACCGCCUUGAUGUUAGCGGAGAACGACAGGGUGUUGUCCAGGGUCACGCCAAGGCUCUUCGCACUCUGGGAGGAGGACACAACGGAGUUGUCAACCGUGAUGGCGAGAUCAUGGAACGGGCAGUCCUUCCCCGGGAGGAAGAGCAGCUCCGUCUUGCCAGGGUUCAGCUUGAGGUGGUGAUCCGUCAUCCAUACUGAUAUGUCGGCCAGACAUGCAGAGAUGCGAUUCGCCACCUGGUUAUCAGAAGGGGGAAAUGUUAUGUUUGUUAUGUCUGUUAUGUUAUGUCUGUUUGUUAUGUCUGAAAUGUUAUGUCUGUUAUGUUUGGAGAAAAAUCCAAUACAAAACAUUACUGAGUACCACUCUCCAUAUUUGUAAGCAUAGUGGUGGCUGCAUCAUGUUAUGGGUAUGCUUGUAAUUGUUAAGGACUGGGGAGGUUUUCAGGAUAAAAAAUAAAUGGAAUGGAGUUAAGCACAGGCAAAAUCCUAGAGGAAAACCUUGUUCAGUCUACUUUCCACCGGACACUGGGAGAUGAAUUCACCUUUCAGCAGGACAAUAACCUAAAACACAGGUGUGGAACUGGUUGCAUCACCGCCUGGUAUGGCAACUGCUCGGCCUCUGACCGCAAGGCACUACAGAGGGUAGUGCAUACGGCCCAGUACAUCACUGGGGCCAAGCUUCCUGCCAUCCAGGACCUCUAUACCAGGCGGUGUCAGAGGAAGGCCCUCAAAAUUGUCAAAGACUCCAGCCACCCUAGUCAUAGACUGUUCUCUCUGCUACCGCACGGCAAGCGUUACCGGAGCGCCAAGUCUAGGUCCAAAAGGCUUCUCAACAGCUUCUACCCCCAAGCUAUAACACUCCUGAACAGCUAAUCAUUGCUACCAAUACUAUUUGCACUGCGCCCCACCCCUACCCCCCUCUUUUACGCUGCUGCUACUCUGUCUAUUAUUUAUGCAUAGUCACUUUAACUCUACCCACAUGUACAUAUUACCUCAAUUAGCCGGUUUUUUUAGUUAACACUUUUUUUAAAAAUCUUUAAAAAUUGCAUUGUUGGUUAAGGGCUUGUAAGUAAGCAUUUCACUGUAAUGUCUACAACUGUUGUAUUUGGCGCAUGUGGCAAAUACAAUUUUAUUUGAUUUGGAAAGCUAUUAGAGACUCACCCAGAAAGACUCACAGCUGUAAUCGCUGCCGAAGGUGCUUCUACAAAGUAUUAACUCAGGGGUGUGAAUACUUAAGUAAAUGAGAUAUUUCUGUAUUUCAUUUACAAUAAAUUAGCAAACAUUUCUAAAAACAUUUUGUCAUAAUGGGGUAUUGUGUGUAGAUGUGUGAGAACAUUUUGAAUUCAGGCAAUAACACAAAAAAAUUUGGAAUAAGUCAAGGGGUAUGAAUACUUUCUGAAGGAGCUGUUUGUGAUUCAGAGUGCAAUUUUUACUCACAGCAAGUUAACUGUGCUAAUGUUAUCUAGUAGUUGAAUUUAGUAGAGUCGGGAGUUUAGUGAUUUGAUUCAAAGCUGCGAGUAUUGAACUCAAUUAUCUUUCAUGUUGCCAUUAUGUGUCUUCUAAGAAAAUGCAGUUAAAUUGUAAUGCUCAUAGGAUGGAAUUGAACUGUUAAUACCAUUGUGUCCUCUCUUAGGGUCCUCUCAUGGUAACAGAGGCCCUGAAGCCCUAUUCUAAGGGCGGCCCCAACGUGUGGUUCGUGUCUAACAUCGACGGCACACACAUAGCCAAGACCCUGGCCCAGCUCAACGCUGAGACCACCCUCUUCAUUAUUGCUUCCAAGGUGACAGGCUGUCGUCUACCUCCCACACACCACCUACUCCCAUUGCCAUGGUUACAGCAACCAUCUUAUAGCCACAGGGUUCUAGAUGCCUACAAGAAUUCAAUGCUAUGAUUCAAUGUGUCAUUCAGUGCUAUGAUUAGCUAUGGUGGUUAAUCUAUGUAUACAUGGUUGGGUUGUGGUAAUGUGCGAUAACAUUUUAAUCAUCCUUUAUGGUUUGAAGCUGGAAAAGAUGCCAGGCGAAUGUUGCUCAUUCAGUGUUACACGCUGAGAAAGCUGUGUUCUACUGCCUCUGGGACUGAUGUCUCACUGUGGUCCUUUUCAGACAUUCACCACCCAGGAGACCAUCACCAACGCAGAGUCUGCCAGGGACUGGUUCCUCCAGACAGCCAAUGAUGUAAGUAGACUGGUCUGCUGACAGCUAAUCAUAAGAUGCCUUUGUGUCUGUCUGUAGCCAAUGGUGAUAUAUGCUCGGCCAGUUAGCCUGCAUUCAGCCAAUGAUUUGAUAAGUGUCUGCAGACGACAACAAAUAUUAUUUUUGCAGCACAGGUCGGUUUAGGACAGUCCAGAGCACAGCUGGAGUGUCAUAUCAUAUUUGGAUCAACUUCUCUAAUGUCUCCAUUCUCUUCUUCAUAGCAAUCUGCUGUUGCAAAGCACUUUGUGGCGCUGUCCACCAAUGCAGUAAGUGUCCAUUUUGAAUGACUUUUCCCCCUUUACAUUGUUGCCUGCCUGUUGAACUGUUUAUUGCACAAGUAACUAUUGACUAAUGUUACUCUUUUUGCUGUCUUCCUUCUCUUCCAGCCCAAAGUGCAGGCCUUUGGUAUUGACACGAACAACAUGUUUGAAUUCUGGGAUGUAAGUAUACACUACUAUGCACACUGAGUUAGCCUCUGAACCCCCAUGUAUAAUUGAAUGAGUUUGAACUGGUUGGGUGGGUGGGGAUUGUAGGACCCUGUAGCUAUCAAACAAAUAUAUAAAACAUGUAUUUGAUGAAACAUUGAAUUUGGCCUUACUGCUAUUAGCCCAUAGAAACACAUUGAAUAACACAUUCAUACAUGGCAAAACAGAUAGUCAAAAAAUAAAUAAAAAGGAAGUGUGUUUUGAAGUGUCUAUCCUAUAUCUGAGAGAUAUAAGAAAGCUCAGGAAUGAUUUAUUAAUACAUUUUUACAUUGGAAUGACCAGUAUACCUUUGACGUGGAAAUGCCCUAUUCACUUCCAUAAAUUUUUCGGCCAGGUACUGGGUUACCUUCAGACGGAUAUUGUGAGGCUUGUGGGCGUCUUAAAGCUGUUUGUCAGCUUUCGAUGGUGGGGUCAUUAGUGUCCGUGUAAUUUUUUUUUUUUCCAUACUUAUUUCCCUAUCACACUUUUCAUCCUUCUACAAAAUAUACUUUCCUGCAACCCGCCUCACUCAAUGUGGAACAGAUUCUAUUAUUGACUUACCUUUUAUCUAGAAUCUCCAGUUGAAACUAGCUAGCCAGCUAACUAGCUACUUGCUAUUAGCCACCGUUAGCGGUUUUCACCCAGAACAUCGGUUUUUCUGCCGGAAUAACUGAAUCACAGUUAUGGACAUUAACACCGGAUCGCAACUAGCUAGCCGCAACCGGAUGGAUGUUGCUGUUGGCUAAUCACCGCUUCCCCCGAAGCAAGCACCAGUUAGCCUCGAGCCAGGCCCAUAUCCCGGCUAUCUACCUCUCUGUCUACCAGACGGGAGUAGCCAGCUAACUAGCUACUUGCUAUUAGCCACCGUUAGCGGUUUUUCACUAUUGUCCGUGGCCUGCAUUACCUACCAGCCAGCUCUAGCCUGGACUAUUAUCGGCCAGUCUGCACUGUCUGCACAGCACGUUAUCGACCCAGAACAUAUCGUUUUUCACUGGACCUUUAAUACCGGAUCAUCGCAACUAGCUAGCUGCAACCAAAUGGAUGUAGUUGUUGGCUAAUCAGCCCUGAGCUAGCCUCGAGCCAGGCCGAUCUCCCGGCUAUCUACCUCUCCGUCAACCGGACGGGACCUCCUAGUGUUGACACGGAGCCCCGCCGAUCCAACACGACUGGUCUGCUGACGAAAUCGUCUGAUGUGGUUUCAACAGGCUUCCCAUUACGACGUCGACCACGAAGAUCCAUCUGCUAGCCCCGGCCCGCUAGCACACGCAAGCCGUGGCCUCUUGCUCGCCAGUACUGUAGGAGUCCCCAAACUACCUCCCAACUCUCCUAUUGCUGUUCACCGGACCUUAUGAUAACUCAGCUAUACAGCUGAUGCCUGCUGGACUGUUCCUUUAUACGGUACCGCAUCCUGUUUAUGUUUAGCCUCAGCCCAAACUUUGUCGCCAUUACCAGCUGUUGUCUUAGCUCUCUCGAAUAACACCUGUGAUUGCUUUAUGCCUCUCUUCCAUGUCAAUAUGCCUUGCUUAUUGCUGUUUUGGUUAUUUCUUAUUGUACUAUUUCACUGUAGAUCCCCCAGCCCAGCUCAACCUGCCUUAGAUAGCUCCUUUGUCCCACCCCCCAUACACGCGGAGACCGACUCAAUCGGUGCCUCCAGUGAUGCUAUCUCUUUCAUCGUUACCCAACGCUUAGGUUUACCUCCACGGUACUCAUAUCCUUCCAUAUCCUUGUCUGUACAUAAUGCCCUGAAUCUAUUCUACAACGCCCGGAAAUCUGCCCCUUUUUUUCUCUGUACCCAACGCACUAGAAGACCAGUACUUAAAGCCUUUAGCCGUAUCCUUAUUCUACUCCUCCUCUGUUCCUCUGGUGAUGUAGAGGUUAACCCAGGCCCUGUAGCCCCCAGUAUCACUCCUACUCCCCAGGCGUUAGGAAGGCCACCAAAAAUUCAGACAUUUCCAUCCCCAACUACAACAUUUUCCAUCUCGAUAGAACUGCCAAAGGGGGUGGGGUUGCAAUAUACUGUAGAGAGAGCCUGCAGAGCUCUAUCAUACUAUCCAGGUCUGUGCCCAAACAGUUCGAGCUUCUACUUCUAAAAAUCCACCUUUCCAGAAAUAAGUCUCUCACUGUUGCCGCUUGCUACAGACCCCCCUCAGCCCCGAGCUGUGCCCUGGACACCAUAUGUGAACUGAUUGCCCCCCAUCUAUCCUCAGAGUUCGGACUGCUUGGUGACCUAAACUGGGAUAUGCUUAACACCCCAGCCAACCUACAAUCUAAACUAGAUGCCCUCAAUCUCACACAAAUUAUCAACGAACCUACCAGGUACAACCCUAAAUCUGUAAACAUGGGCACCCUCAUAGAUAUCAUCCUGACAAAUGUACCCUCUAAAUACACCUCCGCUGUCUUCAACCAGGAUCUCAGCGAUCACUGCCUUAUUGCCUGCGUCCGUAAUGGGUCCUUGGUCAAACGACCACCCCUCAUCCCUGUCAAACACUCCCUAAAACACUUUAGCGAGCAGGCCUUUCUAAUUGACCUGGCCCGGGUAUCCUGGAUGGAUAUUGACCUCAUUCGUCAGUAGAGGAUGCCUGGUUGUUCUUUUUAAAAGUGCUUUCCUCUCAAUCUUAAAUAAGCAUACCCCAAUCAAAAAAUUCAGAACUAAGAACAGAUAUAGCCCCUGGUUCUCCUCAGACUUGACUGCCCUUGACCAGCACAAAAACAUCCUGUGGCGUACUGCAUUAGCAUCGAACAGCCCCCACGAUAUGCAACUUUUCAGGGAAGUCAGGAACCAAUAUACACAAUCAGUUAGGAAAGCAAAGGCUAGCUUUUUCAAACAGAAAUUUGCAUAAUGUAGCACUAACUCCAAAACGUUUUGGGACACUGUAAAGUCCAUGGAAAAUAAGAGCACCUCCUCCCCACUGCACUGAGGCUAGGAAACACUGUCACCACUGAUAAAUCUACAAUAAUUGAGUAUUUCAACAAGCAUUUUGCUACGGCUGGCAAUGCUUUCCACCUGGCUACCACUACCCCGGCCAUCAGCUCUGCACCCUCCGCUGCAACUUGCCCAUGCCCCUCCCGCUUCUCCUUCACACAAAUUCAGACAGCUGAUAUUCUGAAAGAGCUGAAAAAUCUGGACCCCUACAAAUCUGCUGGGCUAGACAAUCUGGACCCUUUCUUUCUAAAAUUAGCUGCCAAAACUGUCGCAACCCCUAUUACUAGCCUGUUCAACCUCUUUCGUAACGUCUGAGAUCCCCAGAGAUUGGAAAGCUGCCGCGGUCAUCCCCCUCUUCAAAGGAGGUGACACUCUAGAUCCAAACUGUUACAGACCUAUAUCCAUCCUGCCCUGCCUUUCGAAAGUAUUUGAAAGCCAAGUUAACAAACAGAUCACCAACCAUUUCGAAUCCCACCGUACCUUCUCCGCUAUGCAAUCCGGUUUCCGAGCUGGUCAUGGGUGCACCUCGGCCACGCUCAAGGUCCUAAACGAUAUUAUAACCUCGAUCGAUAAAAGACAGUACUGCGCAGCCGUCUUCAUUGAUCUGGCCAAGGCUUUCGACUCUGUCAACCACCAUAUUCUUAUUGGCAGACUAAAUAGCCUUGGUUUCUCAAAUGACUGCCUCGCCUGGUUCACCAACUACUUCUCAGAUAGAGUUCAAUGUGUCAAAUCGGAGGGCCUGUUGUCUGGACCUCUGGCCGUCUCUAUGGGGGUGCCACAGGUUUCAAUUCUCGGGCCGACUCUAUUCUCUGUGUAUAUCAAUGAUGUCGCUCCUGCUGCUGGUGACGCUCGGAUCCACCUCUAUGCGGACGACACCAUUUUGUAUACAUCUGGCCCUUCAUUGGACACUGUUAAACCUCCAAACGAGCUUCAACGCCAUACAACAUUCCUUCCGUAGCCUCCAACUGCUCUUAAACACUAGUAAAACUAAAUGCAUGCUCUUCAACCGAACGCUGCUUGCACCCGCCCACCCGACUAGAAUCACUACUCUCGGCGGGUCUGACCUAGAGUAUGUGGACAACUACAAAUACAUAGGUGUCUGGUUAGACUGUAAACUCCUUCCAGACUCACAUUAAGCAUCUCCAAUCAAAAGUUAGAUCUAGAAUCGGCUUCCUAUUUCGCAACAAAGCCUCCUUCACUCAUGCUGCCAAACAUGCCCUCGUAAAACUGACUAUCCUACCGAUCCUUGACUUCGGCGAUGUCAUUUACAAAAUAGCCUCCAAUACUCUACUCAGCAAAUUGGAUGUAGUCUAUCACAGUGCCAUUCGUUUUGUCACCAAAGCCCCAUAUACUGCCCACCAUUGUGACCUGUACGCUCUUGUUGGCUGGCCCUCACUACAUAUUCGUCGCCAAACCCACUGGCUCCAGGUCAUCUAUAAAUCACUGCUAGGCAAAUCCCCGUCUUAUCUUAGCUCACUGGUCACCAUAGCAACACCCACCCGUAGUCUGCGCUCCAGCAGGUAUAUCUCGCUGGUCAUCCCAAAAGCCAACACCUCCUUUGGCCACCAUUCCUUCCAGUUCUCUGCUGCCAAUGACUGGAACGAACUGCAAAAAUCUCUGAAGCUGGAGACUCUUAUCUCCCUCACUAACUUUAAGCGUCAGUUGUCAGAGCAGCUUACCGAUCACUGCACCUGUACACAGCCAUUCUGAAAUUAGCCCACCCAACUACCUCAUCCCCAUAUUGUUAUUUAUUUUGCUAAUUUGCACCCCAGUAUCUCUAUUUGCACAUCAUCUUUUGCACAUCUAUCAUUCCAGUGUUAAUUACGAAAUUGUAAGUAUUUUUGCACUAUGGCCUAUUUAUUUAUUGCCUUACCUCCAUAACUUACUACAUUCGCACACACUGUAUAUAUAUUUUCUGUUGUAUUUUUGACUUUGUUUUACCCCAUAUGUAACUCUGUGUUGUUUUUAUCGCACUGCUUUGCUUUAUCUUUAUCUUACCUGGUUAAAUAAAAUAAAAUAACGUUUGUUGCCCAAACCGUUCAGACGCUACAGACAAUUUGGCACAUUGGCGGUACCGACUUCAGAUGAGUCCUGUUAAGCUUCUGGGGGUUGUAGAGCAAAUCGUAGUACACCAUUGUGUUCGUGAGAGUCUCAGCUUUCCAUAGUGGGUUCAUAUUAGUUUCUAGCCCAAACCGUUCAGACUCAGCAGACGUUUUCAUGAGAAGAUUGAUUUUCGGGAUGUCUCCUGUCUGACACUCACCGCUGUAGCUCUGCCACCUUUCACCGCAGGUGAGGAAGGCCGACAUCGGUGGAUGCGGUGGAUUGAGAUGCAGCCCAUGCAAAAAAACUGAUACACUACUGCUCGUCGAACAUCUCAUUUCAAAAUCAUGGGCAUUAAUAUGGAGUUGGUCCCCCCCUUUGCUGCUAUAAAAGCCUCCAUUUUUCUGGGAAGGCUUUCCACUAGAUGUUAGAACAUUGCUGCGGGGACUUCCAUUCAGCCACAAGAGCAUUAGUGAGGUUUGGCAUUGAUGUUGGGCGAUUAGGCCUGGCUCGCAGUCGGCGUUCCAAUUCAACCCAAAGGUGUUCGAUGGAGUUAGGGUCAGGGCUCUGUGCAGGCCAGUCAAGUUCUUCCAGACCGAUCUCGACAAACCAUUUCUGUAUGGACCUCGCUUUGUGCACGGGGGCAUUGUCAUGCUGAUACAGAAAAGGGCCUCCCCAAACUGUUGCCACAAAGUUGGAAGCACAGGAUCGUCUAGAAUGUAAUUGUGUGCUGUAGCGUUAAGAUUUCCCUUCACUGGAACUAAGGGUCCUAGCCCGAACCAUGAAAAACAACCCCAGACCAUUAUUCCUUCUCCACCAGACUUUACAGUUGGCACUAUGCAUUCAGGCAGGUAGCAUUCUCCUGGCAUCCGCCAAACCCAGAUUUGUCCGUCGGACUGCCAGAUGGUGAAGCUUGAUUCAUCACUCCAGAGAACGCGUUUCCACUGCUCCAGAGUCCAAUGGCGGCGAGGUUUACACAACUCCAGCCGACGCUUGGCAUUGCGCCUGGUGAUCUUAGGCUUGUAUGCGGCUGCUCGGCCAUGGAAACCCAUUUCAUGAAGCUCCCAACGAACAGUUAUUGUGCUGACGUUGCUUCCAGAGGCAGUUUGGAACUCGGUAGUGAGUGUUGCAACUGAGGACAGACGAUUUUUACGCGCUUCAGCACUUGGCGGUCCCAUUCUGUGAGCUUGUGUGGCCUACCACUUCGCGUCUGAGCCGUUGUUGCUCCUGGACGUUUCCGCUUCAGAACAACAGCACUUACAGUUGACCGGGGAAGCUCUAGCAGGACAUACAUUUGACCAACUGACUUGUUGGAAAGGUGGCAUCCUAUGAUGGUGCCACGUUGGAAGUCACUGAGCUCUUCAGUAAUGCCAUUCUACUGCCAAUGUUUGUCUAUGGAGAUUGCAUGGCUGUGUGCUCGAUUUUAUACACCUGUCAGCAACGGGUGUGGCUGAAAUAGCCGAAUCCACUAAUUUGAAGGGGUGUCCACAUACUUUUGUAUAUAUAGUGUAUCUCUAACUUAAAGAGACAGAUUCUGAUGGGGAUUUUUGUAUUAUGCUAAUUCAAUUUCCAAGUGGGCGUGGACAUCAACUCUAGGGGGAUAAAAAGGAUUAGCAUUUUGCAAUCAAUCAACCAUGGCUUAUACUUGUAUACUUGCUGGGAGAUAUUUUGACCGCAUUCUUGGUGUGGUAUUUAUUUCUAAAGACUUUAGAAUGCAAUUGUAAAGGGAAUGAAUUUGUGGAUCUUGUAUUAACACGUUAAAUUCAAAAUCUAAACCAUUGGAAAUUAGCAAAGCUGAAGAAUAAGGGAUUUUUUUUAAAAGUAAAUGGUGCACAAAUUUUGUCUAAUGUUGCAGUCUCGUUUGACACUAGUACACUGCCCAAGUGAUGGCCAUUGUCUGUUUUGUGUGGCCUUUAAAUAUUUUGAGAGAGGGAAACCUGUAGUGGUUGAUUGAUUGUGUGACUGUGAUGUCAUGUUUGCUUUCUAUCAGUGGGUCGGUGGGCGUUACUCCCUGUGGUCGGCUAUUGGGCUGUCCAUUGCACUGCACAUAGGUAUGUCUGUCUAAUCUUAGCGCCCUAUGGAUGUAGUGUAUACAGAAGCAGCAUAUUUACUGUAUAUUGCAGAUUUGCUCUGAGCAUUUUGUCAACUGCAAAAAGUUGGUUUGUGCAUUAAAAUGGAAUGAAUCGAAAGCAUCAUAACUACUACUGGUAAUUUGAGUUGAAGGGUUGAUCCUCUGAACACCUUUUUUUCUACUUCUCCUGUCCUGCAGGGUUUGAGAACUUUGAGCAGCUUCUGGCCGGUGCUCACUGGAUGGUAGGCACAUUUCUCCUUCAUUUAGUGUCAAUUCAAUACAACUGUAUUUAUCCCCUCAGGGGCAAUUGAAAAUAAUCCUAAAUUAGAUAGAUAUAGAAUUAGUAAUAUGAUGUUGUUAAAAUGACUGUUGUCUUUCCCAGGAUAACCAUUUCAGCAGCACCCCUCUGGAGCAGAAUGUCCCUGUCCUGCUGGCCGUGCUGGGUAUCUGGUACAUCAACUUCUUCCAGGCAGAGACCCACGCCAUGCUGCCCUACGACCAGUACAUGCACCGCUUCGCUGCAUACUUCCAGCAGGUCAGUCAGACAGGCAGGCCAUACCUGGGUUCAAGUACUCUCUGAAAUCUUACAAAUACUGAGUGUUGGUUUAAGCAUGCAUGUGGUGCCAGGUGGGUAGGGUUUGCACUUUAUGAACUUUUUGUUGGUUUUAUUGCAACAGGCAAGCUCAAUCAAGUACAGCUAAAGUAUUUGAAAAUAUUUCAAAUAGUAUUUGAACCCAGGUCUGAGGCAGGCAGGAGCCAGGCAGGACCAUCUGCUAGGGAUGUAGGGACCAGGACAGGGCAUCUGUUUGGGCUAGACUAGAGAAUCCAGGGACAAGAUCAUGUUCAGUAGACAGGAAAGGGUAGAAAGGUUUUGUUUGUACUGCAGGUGCAAUAGAAGAUUAAAUGUUUUUUGAAUCACGUUUCAUUACCUUUCUUUCCAAUGUUUCCCCUUUUUAUUGAUGUACUGUAAGCCAUAAUUUCAGUAACCAUCAUUGUAACUCAAAUGUGUCGUCCAUAGGGCGAUAUGGAGUCCAAUGGGAAGUACAUCACUAAAGAUGGCACCCGUGUCAACUACCAAACCGGACCCAUCGUCUGGGGCGAGCCUGGGACAAACGGACAGCACGCCUUCUACCAGCUCAUCCACCAAGGUAACAUACACCUGUCACACACCUGUCCUCUAGACCCUCAUUCAGAAUGUGGACAGUUUUGUUUGAUAUACUGUACUAUAAAGCAAGAUGUGAACGGAACAACAUUAAGUUACCCACCUUGAUGUGACAUUCAGUAUUGUGACCAUUCUAGGCACACGUAUGAUUCCUGCAGACUUCCUCAUUCCUGCCCAGACACAGCACCCAAUCAGGGACAGCCUCCACCACAAGGUAGCGCAACGUCAUGGCUUAUCAUGGCUUUGCAAUUAGGAAAAUUCAAAAUUCUGUUUACUAACUGAAUCUAAAUGGAAUUGUCCCCAACCCUGCUACAAUAGUGUAUUUGACUAUAUCUCUUGAUCUCCCUAUUAGAUCCUGAUGGCCAACUUUCUGGCCCAAACGGAGGCUCUGAUGAAGGGGAAGACACCAGACGAGGCCAGGAAGGAGCUGGAGGCCACCGGCCUAGGAGGACCAGAGCUGGAGAAACUGCUGCCACACAAAGUGAGUAGAUUUACUCAUCAGACCAUGGAUUAGGGCUGGGACGAUACCAGUAUCGCGAUACUCAGUAGUAUCGUGGCAAAGAAACAAAACACAAAGUGGAUUUCACUUCUUUAGGAAAACAGCCCUAAUGUUGGAAAUCCAGCCAGUCUAUAAUCUCUUGACUGAUGGAAAGUAUUGAUGCAAAGAUAAUGCAUAAUUGGUUGUCUGCGUUAUUGCUGGAUGAUGCUUUUAAAUGCUUUGAUGUAUGUUUGGUCGAUUUAUUUCUGGCUAGUGCAUAGAAAUGGUAUAACAACGUUUUGGGCUGAUAUACUUUGUUGUCGUUUUCGUCAAUGAAAGGUCUUCCAGGGAAAUAAGCCCAGCAACUCCAUUGUUUUCAAGAAGCUGUCACCCUUCAUGCUGGGAGCACUGGUUGGUAAGUAGUAGCUGUUGGCAUGGUAACACCCAAUUCCUGUCCAGAUAAUUCUAUGUACACUGAACAAAGAAAUAAACGCAAUAUGAAAAGUGUUGGUCCCACGUUUUGUACAGAUGUCUCAAGUUAAACCGCCUGCAAUGUCGUUUUAGAGAAUUUGGCAGUACGUCCAACUGGCCUCACAACCGCAGACCACGUGUAUGGCGUCGUGUGGGCGAACGGUUUGCUGAUGUCAACUUUGUGAACAGAGUGCCCCAUGGUGGCGGUGGGGUUAUGGUAUGGGCAGGCAUAAGCUACGGACAGCGAACACAAUUGCAUUUGACCGAUGGCAAUUUGAAUGCACAGAGAUACCGUGACGAGAUCCUGAGGUCCAUUGUCGUGCAACUCAUCUGCCGCCAUCACCUCAUGUUUCAGCAUGAUAAUACUCUGGAUUGACAUGUAUGACAGCGUGUUCCAGUUCCCGCCAAUAUCCAGCAACUUCGCACAGCCAUUGAAGAGGAGUGGGACAACAUUCCACGGCCACAAUCAACAGCGUGAUCAACUCUAUGCGAAGGAGAUGUAUCAUGCUGCAUGAGGCAAAUGGUGAUCCCACCAGAUACUGACUGGUUUUCUGAUCCACGCCCCUACCUUUUCUUAAGGUAUCUGUGACCAACCGAUGCAUAUCUUUAUUCCCAGUCAUGUGAAAUCAAUAGAUUAGGGCCUAAUUUAUUUAUUUAAAUUGACUGAUUUCCGUAUAUGAACUGUAACUCAGUAAAAUCGUUUAAAUUGUUGCAUGUUACAUUACAUUAGUAAUGGCGCCGGAGGGGAUGGCUGCCGUUUUACGGGCUCCUAACCAACUGUACUAGUUUGUUAGUUGUUUUUUACUUAUUGUGUAUAUAAUGUUGCAGCUACCGUCUCUUAUGACCGAAAAUAACUUCUGGACAUCAGAACAGCGAUUACUCACCUCGAACUGGAUGAAGAUUUUUUCUUUAACGAGUCCGACGCGAAGGAUAUACCUCUUUCUCGGGAACAGGCCCAAAUCCCCAUCAUACGCGUGAAGAAAAGACAGAGAAAAAGGGGGGCGGAGGUCUGGGUGCCUUCUGAGAAUUCGUAGGCGAGUGAGUAAACCGCCACUACCAUCCGUUCUAUUGGCCAACGUGCAAUCACUGGAAAACAAAAUGGAUGAUCUACGAUCAAGAAUAUCCUACCAAUGGGACAUUUAAAAACUGGAAUAUCUUAUGUUUCACCGAGUCGUGGCUGAACGACGACACGGAUAAUAUAGAGCUGGCGGGAUUUUCCAUGCAUCGGCUGGACAGAGAAGCUACGUCCGGUAAGACGAGGGGCGGGGGUGUGUCUAUUUGUCAAUAACAGCUGGGGCACAAUGUCUAAUAUUAAAGAAGUCUCGAGGUAUUGCUCACCUGAGGUAGAGUACCUUAUGAUAAGCUGUAGACCACACUAUCUACCAAGAGAGUUCUCAUCUAUAUUAUUCGUAGCCGUCUAUUUAACACCACAAACCGAUGCUGGCACUAAGACCGCACUCAACGAGCUGUAUAAGGCCAUAAGCAAACAAGAAAAUGCUAAUCCAGAAGUGGCGCUCCUAGUGGCUGGGGACUUUAACGCAGGCAAACUUAAAUCCGUUUGACCUCAUUUCUACCAACAUGUCACGUGUGCAACCAGAGGAAAAAAAACUCUAGACCACCUUUACUCCACACACAGAGACGCAUACAAAGCUCUCCCUCGCCCUCCAUUUGGCAAAUCUGACCGUAAUUCUAUCCUCUUAAUACUUGCUUACAAGCAAAAACUAUAGCAGGAAGUACCAGUGACUCGCUCAAUACGGAAGUGGUCAGAUGACACGGAUGCUACGUUACAGGACUGUUUUGCUAGCACAGACUGGAAUAUGUUCCGGGAUUCAUCCAAUGGCAGGAGUACACCACCUCAAUCAUCGGCUUCAUCAAUAAGUGCAUCGACGACGUCGUCCCCACAGUGACCGUACGUACAUAUCCCAACCAGAAGCCAUGGUUUACAGGCAACAUCCGCAUCGAGCUAAAGGAGGAGCGCUUUCAAGGAGCGGGUCACUAAUCCGGAUGCUUAUAAGAAAUCCUGUUACGCCCUCAGACGAACCAUCAAACAGGCAAAGUGUCAAUACAGGAUUAAGAUUGAAUCCUACCUCACCGGCUCUGACGCUCAUCGGAUGUGGCAGGGCUUGAAAACUAUUACGGACUACAAAGGGAAACCCAGCUGCGAGCUGCCCAGUGACGCGAGCCUACCAGACGAGCUAAAUGCCUUUUAUGCUCGCUUCGAGGUAAGCAACACUGAAGCAUGCAUGAGAGCACCAGCUGUUCCGGACGACUGUGUGAUAACGCUCUCGGUUGCCGACGUGAGCAAGACCUUUAAACAGGUCAACAUUCACAAAGCCGCGGGGCCAGAUGGAUUACCAGGACGUGUACUCAAAGCACGCGCGGACCAACUGGCAAGUGUCUUCACUGACAUUUUCAACCUUUCCCUGACCGAGUCUGUAAUACCUACAUGUUUCAAGCAGACCACCAUAGUCCCUGUGCCCAAGGAAGUGAAGGUAACCUGCCCAAAUGAUUACCGCCCUGUAGCAUUCACGUCGGUAGCCAUGAAGUGCUUCGAAAGGCUGGUCAUGGCUCACAUCAACCGCAUCAUCCCGGAUACCCUAGACCCACUCCAAUUCGCAUACCGCCCCAACAGAUCCACAGAUGACACAAUCUCAAUCGCACUCCACACUGCCCUUUCCCACCUGGACAAAAGGAACACCUAUGUGAGAAUGCUGUUCAUUGACUACAGCUCAGCGUUCAACACCAUAGUGCCCACAAAGCUCAUCACUAAGCUAAGGACCCUGGGACUAAACACCUCCCUCUGCAACUGAAUCCUGGACUUCCUGACAGGCCGCCCCCAGGUGGUAAGGGUAGGCAACAACACGUCUGUCACGCUGAUCCUCAACACUGGGGCCCCUCAGGGGUGCGUGGUUAGUCCCCUCCUGUACUCCCUGUUCAACUACGACAGCGCGGCCAAACACGACUCCAACACUAUCAUUAAGUUUGCUGACGACACAACAGUGGAAGGCCUGAUCAUCGACAACGAUGAGACAGCCUAUAGGGAGGAGGUCAGAGACCUGGCAGUGUGGUGCCAGGACAACAACCUCUCCCUCAAUGUGAGCAAGACAAAGGAGCUGAUCGUGGACUACAGGAAAAGGCGGGCCGAACAGGCCCCCAUUAACAUCGACAGGGCUGUAGUGGAGCGGGUCGAGAGUUUCAAGUUCCUUGGUGUCCACAUCACCAACAAACUAUCAUGGUCCAAACACACCAAGACAGUCGUGAAGAGGGCACGACAACACCUUUUCCCCCUCAGGAGACUGAAAAGAUUUGGCAUGGGUCCCCAGAUCCUCAAAGUUCUACAGCUGCACCAUCGAGAGCAUCCUGACCGGUUGCAUCACCGCCUGGUAUGGCAACUGCUCUGUAUCCGACCGUAACGCGCUACAGAGGGUAGUGCAUACGGCCCAGUACAUCACUGGGGCCAAGCUUCCUGCCAUCCAGGACCUAUAUACUAGGCAUUGCCAGAGGAAAGCCAAAAAAAUAGUAAUAGACUCCAGUCACCCAAGUCAUAGACUGUUCUCUCUGCUACCGCACGGCAAGCGGUACCGGAGCGCCAAGUCUAGGUCCAAAAGGCUCCUUAACAGCUUCUACCCCCAAGCCAUAAGACUGCUGAACAAUUAAUCAAAUGGCCACCCAGACUAUUUACAUUGACCACCCCUCUCCAUUUGUUUUUACACUGCUGCUACCCGCUGUCUAUUAUCUAUGUAUAGUUACUUUACCCUUACCUACAUGUACAGAUUACCUCGACUAACCUGUACCCCCGCACAUUGACUUGGUACCGGUACCCCCUGUAUAUAGCCUCGUUAUUGUUAUUUUAUUGUUACUUUUUAUUAUUUUUUACUUUAUUUUAUUUGGUAAAUAUUUUCUUAACUCUUUCUUGAACUGCAUUGUUGGUUAAGGGCUUGUAAGUAAGCAUUUCACCUGUUGUAUUCGGCGCAUGUGACAAAUAAAGUUUGAUUUGAUGUUUGUUCAGUAUGCAUAUACUGGUAAAGGUUUUUCUUUUUGUCUUUUUAGCCAUGUAUGAGCACAAGAUCUUUGUGCAGGGAGUCAUGUGGAACAUCAACAGCUACGAUCAGUGGGGGUACGUGUCAGUGAGAAGCAUAUAUGGAAUUCUAAAUAUAUGUCUAUUGUAUAUUUUAAGUUAUAUGUAACAUUCUUCUCUCUAUGUUCAGAGUGGAGCUGGGCAAACAGCUGGCCAAGGCCAUCGAGCCAGAGCUCAGCGACAGAUCAGAGGUCCACUCCCACGAUUCCUCUACCAACGGGCUCAUUAACUUCCUCAAGAAGAACUCCGCUUAA